AUGGCUCGCUGGGCUCUUCUCAUAGGUGUCGACCUAUAUAGAACCAAGGAAGGAGGAAGAUGGGAGGAUAAAACGCUCACCAGCGCAGUCCAUGAUGUCGAAGCCCUAUCCUCAUUCUUGCGUGACUCGCUCUCCCCGGUCAACAUCAUCCCACUCACUGCCUCCGCUUCCCGUGACCCUCAGGAGAACCGUCCCACCGAGAGCGACGAGGAAUCUUGGCCGACAAGAGAAAAUAUCGACAAUGCUUUACUCAAUAUCCGGGAAAAGGCCAAGGAUGGCGACCACGUUUACAUCCAUUUCUCUGGCCACGGCACUCGGGUCGGGCAGGCGCUUGCGCUGGUCCUCUACAAACACACGCCUCCCUACACAGAUUACUAUCUGGGAGGCACCUUGCUGCAGGUCAUGUCGGAAAAAGCAGGCUUGAUCAUUACCGUGACUCUCGACUGCUGUGAAUCGGGGAGCGUACAGCGCUCUGGCAUCUCGGGCAUGAACCCUGGAGCCCGUUUCAUCGACUACGACAGCCAAGUUGCAGCAGCCUCCUUUGCUGCCACUCCCCCUCCCCUCCCCCCUUCGCCAGACAACAACCUGCGAGGCGCUACGGUAAGCUCUCGAGAGUGGAAAGUCGACCCAAAAUCGUACAACAUCUUCACAGCAUGCGGCGAGGAUGAGAUAGCGAUCGAGAUCCCGAUUGGCGGGAUAAAAAGGGGAGCCUUUUCAUUGAUUCUGGGUAUGGUUCUUGACUAUGGAGCCCGUUCGACGGAGCCCUUUACUCAUGAUUCUCUCUAUGAUCGUCUGCGCAUCGAAUUCCGAUCAUUCUGCCCCAGCCAAACACCCAGGCGGAUCGGGUCUGGGAGCACAACAAUCUUCGGGACAGUCCGGCAUGACGGAAACGCCAUAUAUCCAUCCCUCUACAUUGACAAGACCGAGGCAAAGUCAAGGAAUAUCUCACCUCGAUUAUACGUCGAGGAGGGAAGCUCGCUGGGUGUGAGCGUCGGCGAUACGUACCUGGCUAUCCAAUUUGGUCUCCAAGCAGGUGCCCCCGGAACAUCGACGCAGCUGUGUCGCGUGGUAGAAGUUCAAGAUAACAGGUCGAGAUUGGAGAAGAUAGUUUCCGAAGGAGAAGCCGUACGCAGCGAAAACUGGACUGGCUGGCGCGCGAAGCCGCUGAGAUCCUACUCAGCCCGAAGGGUCCCCGUUCUGGUCCGACAGAAGCUAGAGCAGCGACUCCAAAAGCCUCGCACCGACGGAUCCUGGGAAGGCAUCAGGUUUGCUGAGUUUGAGUGGGAAGAGCCUGUAUCGAGACCGUGCAUCUUCUCGCUCGUGCUUACCGACUCCGACCGGCUUGAGAUACUCGAUGCCUCCGGAGUGCCGGUAACGCACGCCCCAGUGCUGGAGGCUUCCGAGCCUGGAGCUGCAGGGCGCAUUCUCGGAAUUCUGCAGCAUCUUGUCAGCUACAAAUACUUUGAGACCAUUGAGAAUCCUACGUUGCCCCCAGGCACGCAGGGAUCACACGACGUUUCAGAGAAAAUCAAGCUCCUGGCUUCCGCAAAGCAACUGGGAAACGAUGAUACGGGGCCGUUUGAAGUACAAGAAGGAUGCUACUGGAAUCUCAGAAUCCGAAACGAGUUCACCCCCCGAACGAACAAGGAGGAAGAAGAACGUUCAGUCUAUGUACUAUUGGCUUGGUUUUCGCCAGAUUGGCAAGUCUCGAACCUCUUGCCUGGGAGUGGCUCUGAAGGCAGCUUCACCCAGAUAGCACCCGGAAAGGAAAAGGACAUCACGUUGAAGAUGGACCUCGAGGAAGAGGAUGGAGGCAAGAGCGAGUGUGUCUGCAAGGUCUUUAUUACCCGAGAGCCCUCUCGUUUCCACUCCAUGUUUCUCGAGCCACUGGGUGAACAACGGAGCUCGACCCUGAAUAGUGCCGACCUGAUAUGUAACCUCCUCGACUCUCUGACAACCCGCGGGGCCGGAGAUUGGAUGACUCGGAAUUACACGGUGACCACGGUGGCUGCACGUGCUCACGAUUCCAACUCAGCUUCUGCAAACUCUCCAGCAACAGGUUGGCCAGUUUCUUCUUGA